AUGAUUGCUUUGCAGGAGACCAAGUGCAGAAGGAGCGACGUACGACAGAUGAAUGACGGUACACUCAUCAUACGUGGAGAGAAGGUUCCGUCGCGAAAUGUAGACGGUGUUGGUUUUGUUGUGCACCCAACUGGAGUCCAUCUUGUCGAUUCUCACGAGAUCCUGUCACCUCGUUUUGCCAUUCGUCGCCUCUGCCCUCUGUUCCAAAAACCAUCAAUAUCAUCAACUGCUACUCACCAACAUCAGCAACUGAUGAAUCUGAAUUGGACGCGUUUUAUGAGGAGCUGGAGGAAGAAGUCCUUCCACAAAAUCAUUGUAGGAGACUCCAACGCAAAACUAGGGAACACCACAGAAGAGGAAUACAAGAUCGGAAGAUUUGGAUUAGGGGACCGGAACUAA